AUGGCAUUCCUCCGCGCAGGCUGGCGACUCUCCCAGUCCCUUCGACACAACACAAACAUUCUCCGCAGCUAUUCCUCCCAAACUGCUCAGCUUGAGUCAAUUCUCGCCAAACCAACCUGGUCCGUACGAUCAUUACUUCCAGACGAAAUAUCGAAGGCAUCCACAGCAUCAAUUACCCCGAAACAACUUCACCACCUCCUCCGGCUAUCAGCCCUACCACAGCCAACAAGCGCAGAAGAAGAGCAGUCAAUGCUGGAAACAUUGGAGUCACAGAUCCACUUUGUGAAGGAGAUGCAAGAGGUCAAUACAACCGGAGUAGAGCCAUUGCGCAGCAUCCGAGACGAGACCACUGCGGCCGUGAAGGAAACAGCCAUUGGACUUGACCAGCUGCGCGAUGCACUGGCCAAGGAAGAAGUCAGUGGACGCCGGGGAAGGAUUCAACGUGUCCAAGGCGAGAGGAAUAGUCAUCCGGAUGGAUCGGCUUGGGAUGGCAAUGCGCUUGGCUAUGCCUCCAAAACGAAGGGAAAGUACUUCGUUGUUGAGACUGGCAGCAGCUGA